AUGACCGACCCGACAAGCUGCAUGCGGCUCUUUGCCCUCCCGGCCUCACUCGUGGCUGGCCUCGUCUCCUGGCUUCUUUGCUUUGCUUCAUCUGCCAACGCCCUCACUGUGUUGCCGCCAUGUGAGUCCCCUCCAUCAGGCGCACCUGCCCGGCCCUCGGGUCUCUCUUCAGCGCCCAGCCUCCUUCCCACCGCGACGCCUCCGGCGCGGUCGAGUUCGUCUCGCGCGCGGAUUGUCUGCGCGCCGCCGGAGGGGCUUGCGGACGCGCGCGCCGCGUAUCUGCGGCUUCGGCGGAGCUACGUCAUCGUUUACCUUCUGUCUCAAGCCUCGGAGUGGAUCCAGGGCCCUUACAUGUACGCGUUUUACGCGUCUGCAUGCGCGCUCCCUCUCCACCGCGUCGGCUUGCUGUUUCUGACUGAGUACGCGUCCGCCGGCGUGUUUGGGUGCCUCGCAGGCUGCUUGACUGACCUUCUCGGCCGGCGGCGCGCGUGCGUCGCCUACUGCCUCUUGUGCAUUCUGUCAAGCAGCUUGACGCGCUGCUUUCCCUCGUGCUUCGCGUCGCUGCUUCUCGGCAGGCUGGUCGGGGGAGUCGCCCUGAGCCUGCUAGAGACGGCCUUCGAGGCCUGGAUGGUCGCGGCGCACCGUCACUUCCGGUUUCCGGAUGCCUGGCUCGAGGAAACGCUCGGCACGUGCGCGUUCUUCAACGGAAUCCUCGCGAUCCUUGUCGGCCUUUUCACGUCUCUCGUCUCAAACUUCCUCGGCGCCGCGGCCAGCUUCGACUUCGCCGCUCUCUUCGCCCUUCUCUGCGCGGCGAGCGUCGUCAAGCUCCUUCCCUCCGUGCCCGAGGGGGGGGACCGCGAGGGCGAGGAAAGCCCGCGGAAGCCGGCGGCGCGGACUCGCCGGCGUAGCGACUGCGUGGGCAGAUCCGAAAUAGAAAGCGGGCGACCGGAGGUUUCUGAAGGCUAUCGGGAGACCGAGGAGAGAAGCAGCACAGAGCCCCGCGAGAGACUGCAAGAGCCGAAUCCUUCGUGGACAGGCGACGCGGCUCAGGGCGACGGGGGAGGCGGAGGAAGGAGACAAGAGAGGACGGGCGAAGAAACGCGAGAGAUCCGUGCGAAUGGAGAAGUCAAAGCGGCCUUUAGAGGCGAGAGAGACGAGAGGGAAAUCCGUCAGCGAAGCCCACACGACUCAGGGGAAGAGGCGUCCCAGGGACCUGCGAUGCAGGUGGUACACAGCCGUCCACGCGUGCGCCACAGGGGAAGACAGGAGAGACAUUUACUCCCUGAAGAAGCAGGUGCUCAAGAGACGUUUUCAGGCGAAAGAAGAUUCUCGCGCAGCAGACCGCCCGCUGCCGUGUGGCGCCUGUUGUGCAAACACCUGAAAACCGCCCUGGGGCAGCUUGCACAGAGUAGACCGGCGCAAGCCUGCGGAGCCAUUCAGAUCUUCUUCGAAGUUCCCAUGUACAUUUUCUUCGUCACGUGGACGCCCGCACUUGGCCCAAACAUCGAUCACGGCCUCGUCUUUGCGUGUUUCAUGGCAUGCGUCGUCCUGGGCAGCGAAAUCUUCCUCCACGUGGUGUGCGGCGUAUACUAUCCGGGCAUCGCGACAGUCCGCGCGAAGGUUUUACCGGACGACACGCGGGCGACACUCGUGAAUUUGUUUCGCCUGCCUCUGAACGCGGCGAUUAUUGUGCUGGGCGGAUGGGGGAUGACCGAAGUGAAUUUCGGCCCUCUCUUUGCGUCUUCUGCGGCCUUGACGGCUGUCUCUGCACUCCUCUGCGUGUAUCUGGCGCAGAUGGAGGAGGAACACGAUCAGAAGGAGCUGCACCCGAGUGCAGUUCGGACACGACAGGAGUUUCAUGCAGUCCUUGUAUAA